AUGACUGCCCGAUCGAGUGGCUCAUCCACUCAGCCUGUAGCCCAUUCUUUCUAUGUUUGGGUGAAGGCAGAACCAUUUAGUUAUGGUACCUUAUCAAUCCCUCCACCACCAAGACUUUCCACCAAUUGUAUCAAAAAAAGUCUAGCCUAUGCAAAGAACAAAGGGGAACUGGGUUUUCCAAGAAUCAGCUACACUGUUUGGAGGCAUAUUGCUUGCAACAAAAUCCAUCUUCCUGAAGAUUUGGCUUGGCUCUAUUUUUCCACCUGCCAUUUGUUAUCAGAAAAUACUAGUCCUGCUGAAAGAAUAGAAUGGAGCCAGUGCUUUGCAAAAUGUAAAACAAGCCAAGAUAAAGAAAGCCUCAAAAACCAUUUGACUGUGAACACCUACAAGUUUGUACUUUACCUGUAUAUUCAACAAUUCAACAAGGUCUCUUUGAAAGCUUCUUUAGUAGCUGGAGAUGGAUGGCCCACAAGUUCAGCUUACCAUGAUUCUGACAGCAAAGUCAACAGGCGACUUAAGGCAAUGGAUGAACACAGUCAUUUAGGAUUUGUUCAAAGCCAUUUGAUGGAAAUGUUAGAACUUUUGAUUGAUCCAGAAAACCGAACAGCAGCAGCUGCCACUAUCAGCAGCAGCAGCAGCCCAUGCCUUGGCCGAGAUCUUCAGGUCAGCCAUGACAUCUUGACAGCUUUGGGUUUUUUGAUAUCAGCUUCUGCUGAUAAAUGUAGAACCACAAUUGGACUUGCUGAGUUAUUGCAGUUGCCUGGUGUCAAAUCAAAAAUCUGUUAUUCAAAGAGCACUCAAUCAGUUCCCAUUCAAUCUUUGUAUUAUUGGCUUAAAGAAAAUUUAAUACCUAAUCCUUUUGGUCCGUCCGCUUGUGCGUCAUCAGGGCGCCGACUCUCAUGGCGAAUGUUAGGAGAAGACCCACGGAAUGAAAACAAUUUCAAACGUGGUCGAAUUGCCACAAAUGCUCACAUAGUAUCCAAAGAAGCCAUAAAAGGGAACAAGGUCAUCUUCAUGAGUCAAGUCAGCAAACAAACUGUUGCCAGGAGUUCUGCCACUCUUGAAAACAGUAAUAUCAAAAUUCAUCGAUGUCAUGGGUCUAAUUUAUAUCUCUUGGCACCUUUGAGAUCAGUUACAGUUCAGAAAUGUCGUCACUCAAAGAUUGUCCUUGGUCCUGUUGAAACUUCUGUCCACAUCGAAAAUUGUGAAUUUGUCACAGUUAUAGCUCCUUGUCACAGAAUUGUCAUAAAUAGUAGCCAGUUAUGUACUUUGCACCUGCUAACCCCAAAUCAACCAGUAAUCCUUAAUGGAAACGACUCUGUUGUUUUGGCUCCCUACCAUACACAUUACCCAAAAUUAGAAGAACACAUGGCACGAGUAGGGCUGGAAUCAAAUUGCAACUUAUGGGAUCAACCUUUGUGUCUUGGUUCUGACCAUAAAGAAUCAGCUCCUGUCUGGGAAUUGAUGAAACUUGAAGACUUUUUCAUCUUUAAUAUUCCCUUUGAAAUGGAAGGCUCAACAAAAACUGCUCCUUAUGUAUUACCACAAGGGUACAAAGACAUCAUCACACAUCGUCAACGAUCAGUUAUCACCUGGCAGAAAUUGGUGAAAGAUGCAAAAUUAUCACCUGACCAGAUCAAAGAGUUUCAAGAAGUGAUUGAAACACAUUUUUGUAUUUGGCUGACUGAAAAUGGACACAAACGAGAAUUAGAAAACCUUGCAUUGCCACCUCAAAAUCCCACAUCAGUUCAAGCAACCCAUUAA